AUGGGCUCGAACUUGUACUUUCUUCCCGGGAUGUCCGACCAAGAUCAAGAUGCGUACAUCGCCGACCUCGCCAAAUACGGAGCAAAGGUUGUGCGCGUGUGGGUGAACCAGCAGUCUAGCGGGAGCUGUACGAAAGGCAGCAAGCUCGCCGUCAGCGUCCCCCAGCUAGAGACCACGCUCGGCAAGUUUAACACUCAGACUCUCGACGCCGUCGACAAAGUCGUCAACAAAUUAGCUCAGAAGGGUAUCAAGGCCAUCAUCUCCCCCCACGAUGGAAACUCGCUCCUCGGAGACUACAGAAAGGACGUAUACUCCAGCAAAUGGGGCAAAAACAGCUUCUACACCUCUCAAGACGCCUUCGACGCAUACGACAAGCGCAUCGAGUACAUCCUCUCGUACAAGGGCGCGCACUCAGGCAAAGUGUGGAAAGACUGGAGCGAGGGGAUAAUGGCGUUCGACCUACAGAACGAGCCCAUGUCGGCCGACACCUCCGUGUGCAAGAACAACGACGCGAAAGGCUGGCUCUGCGGGCGCGCCAAGAAAUUCCGCAGCGUGCUCGGCGCGAACAACAAGAUCCAGAUCGCGACGGGCGGCAUCGGCGGCGACAUCUCGCACAACUGCAACUUCAUCAAGGCCGCGACGUCGUGCCCCGAGAUCGACCUCAUCGCCGUCCACCGCUACGGCGGCAGCCAGUCCAGCAACCCGAGCCAGUGGUCCGGCGGCGCGAAGAAAUGGGUCUCUGAGUCUGGCGGCAAGCUUGUUUUCAUCGAGGAAUGGGGCGUCAACACUGGCUCUACGAACCCGAAGACCGAGCUCCCCGCCCAGGCUAACGAUAUCAACAAGGGCGGUAUCCCUAACCUGUACUGGCAGUUCCUGCCUAAGAAGACCUGCAGCUACGACCCUUCUAAGGACAGCGGUGAUAAGUUCGGUAUCUUCGUCGAGGGCGACACGGACAUUGCUGCUGUUAUGAAGGGCGCUUCCAACGCUAAUGCUAUGCAGGACUGGUCUAAGGUCAUGGGUUAG